UCUCAUUUUUUUCCUCCAAUGGUCUUCUCUCGAUUCUUCCACUUCGCAGGAGUGAAUCUCUCUCGCCGUGUCUUGUUAAGAAUCACUUCUUCUUCGUCCCCGAGCUCGAGUCUCGAAUCAAUUCCAUGGAUUCAUAAAGCUUCAACCUUGAAAGUUUAUAAAUCAUUUCACGCUCCUUCUGUUGAAACCCAAGUUUCUACUGAUGAUGUUUCACAUGACGCCGAGAGAAUCUGCAAGGUUCUGACCAAAUUCACGGAUUCAAAUGUUGAAACUUUGCUGAACGAAGCUUCUGUUAAACUUUCGCCUGCUUUGGUAGAAGAAGUACUGAAGAAGCUGAGCAACGCUGGGUUUUUAGCUUUGUCUGUAUUCAAAUGGGCAGAGAAUCAAAAGGGUUUCAAGCACACUACUGCGAGCUACAACGCAUUGAUCGAAUCAUUAGGUAAGAUCAAGCAGUUCAAACUCAUUUGGUGUUUAGUAGACGAUAUGAAACAAAAGAAGCUUUUGAGCAGAGACACGUUUGCGCUAAUCUCUAGACGAUACGCUAGAGCUAGGAAGGUUAAAGAAGCUAUAACUGCGUUUCAUAAGAUGGAAGAGUAUGGGUUUAAGAUGGAAUCAAGUGAUUUCAAUCGAAUGCUUGAUACUUUGAGCAAAUCUAGAAAUGUUGGGGAUGCACAGAAGGUGUUCGAUAAAAUUAAAAAGAAAAGGUUUGAGCCUGAUAUCAAGUCGUAUACUAUUUUACUUGAAGGUUGGGGUCAGGAGUUGAAUCUUUUGAGAGUUAAUGAGGUUUAUGGAGAGAUGAAAGAUGAAGGCUUUGAACCAGAUGUUGUUACGUACGGUAUCAUUAUCAAUGCACAUUGCAAGGCGAAAAAGUAUGAUGAAGCUGUUAGAUUUUUCAAUGAGAUGGAACAGAGGAAUUGUAAGCCAAGUCCUCACAUUUUUUGCAGUCUGAUCAAUGGACUUGGUUCUGAGAGGAAGCUGAAUAAGGCUCUUGAAUUCUUUGAGAGAUCAAAGAGUUCCGGGUUUCCUCUUGAAGCUCCAACUUACAACGCACUAGUUGGAGCAUAUUGCUGGUCACAGCGGAUGGAAGACGCAUUCAAAACAGUGGAAGAGAUGAGAUUGAAAGGGGUUGGACCAAAUGCUCGAACUUAUGAUAUAAUUCUUCAUCAUUUGACUAGAAAGCAGCGCACAAAAGAGGCCUAUGAAGUUUAUAAGAAGAUGAGUUGUGAACCGACAGUGGGUACUUAUGAGAUCAUGGUGAGGAUGUUCUGCAACGAAGAGAGAUUGGAUAUGGCGAUCAAAAUUUGGGACGAGAUGAAAGGAAAAGGUGUUCUUCCUGGAAUGCACAUGUUCUCGAGUUUGAUCACAGCUCUGUGCCAUGAGAACAAGUUAGACGAAGCUUGUGAGUAUUUCAAUGAGAUGUUGGAUGUGGGUAUCAGGCCACCAGGACAAAUGUUUAGCCGUCUUAAACAAACGCUUCUCGAUGAAGGCCGUAAAGAUAAAGUUGUGGAGUUGGCUGUGAAGAUGGAUAGGCUGAGGAAAACACAACUUGUUGGCUGAAACGGGGAUUAACGGAUAGGUUUCUCUUCUUGUUUGUCUCCUGUAUUACAUUUUGGUUUAUAUUUAGACUAUUGAUUCGCUAUGAUCUAUGAGAUUUAUCCAAAAUUUCAGCGAUCUAAGCUGUUAGAUAUUUGUUUUCUCCCCGAGUAAAAGUGCACGGACACAGGUGUAGGAACCAGUGUACGUUCAAAUGAUUGUUGGUUGUUCA